AUGCGUACCAUAGCAACCCCGAAGAACGCCACUUACUGGAGAUCUACCAGAGGCCCCGAAGGCAUUACCAGGUUCAUCCUAGUCGGACCCAUUAAACCAGGCGGGGUUGCCAGGUGCUGGUUGCCAGAAAGUUCGGGCUGCAAAGGAAAGGUCUGGGGCAAUAGCGGGGAAGGCCCAGCAGCCGAGCUUGGAGAACUACUCAAGAAACCAGUGAACUUUCCUGUGAUGGGCCUCCACCAUAGCGAAGUCGUCAAGGAAUACAAACUUGCAUGCGCCAAAGCCCUCGGUGAACUAGAAACCUACAGUCCCCUUUCAUACAGGAGCAGCCCUCAAACCCUUUUCACUCGUUUCAGACAACUUGAAAAAAUCUUCAAAGAAAUCCCCAAUUCAGGCAUCAAAGUCAUCAUUGCAGGCUCAUCCAUCAUCAACUUCGCCCUACACUACCUCAGUUGCUUCAAUAUCACUGUUCUCAAGGUCCACUCAAAUUUGACCUUCACUGUGUAG